AUGGAUCGCAUGUCUGUUUUCAGAUUCUCAGCUCUGACUCUGCUGCUGCUGUCUGCCUCCUGUUGGGCAGACAAUCAGGCAGAGUACGUUGCAGAGGAGGACUUAGGAGAGCUUUCGGUCUCUGAACUUCUGGAAAGAGCCAACAGUAAUCUGAUGCGUUCCCAAGAUGAACCCAUCCUGACAGAAGGGGACAUCGCCGUUGACAGCGAGGCCGAAAGGAACGCCGACCCUUGCACCAGCCGAGGCUGCAUGUGGGGCAAAUAUACUGAUGGGAAGGUCUACAUUCCUUAUUACAUCACCAAUCACUUCUCCUCCCGUGAGAAGGCCAUCAUCACCCGUGGACUGGAAUCCUUUUCUUCCUUCUCCUGUAUCCGCUUCAGGCCCAGCAGAAGCAGCGACCGUGACUGGCUGAGCAUUGAGUCCCAGAACGGCUGCUAUUCCUACGUUGGUCGUGGUGGUGGUAAGCAGGUGGUAUCUCUGGCUCGUAGUGGAUGUCUUUACCAUGGAACCAUCCAGCAUGAGCUGCUCCACGCUCUGGGAUUCAACCAUGAACAGACCCGCUCUGACAGGGACAACCACAUCAGAGUCCUGCUGCAAAACGUCCAGUCUGGAAUGGAGCACAACUUCAGGAAGAUUGCCACUCUUAACCAAGGCACUCCCUACGAUUACAACUCUGUCAUGCAGUACCACAGGUACGCCUUCUCCAAGAACAACCAGCCCACCAUGGUCCCCAUCCCUAACUCCAACGUCAGCUUUGGUAACGCUAAGGAGAUGAGCAGAAAUGACAUUGCCAGGCUCAACACACUCUACAAGUGCUGUCCGAAGGUGAGGCCACAGAAUCCUUGUGGGAUGAAGAAACUUGCAGAGAACUUUUUGUCUCUGAAAACGUUCCAAAUAAUUUCAAAAACCAUCCAUUUUGAUGACCGUAAUGAUAGACCAGCUCGACGGCAGAGAGACAAGCAAGCUGCCAUCAGGACUGUGUGGGACAAGUGGGUGGCACGUCUCCCCCUGUUUUACAACCCUGUCACUAUCAAUGUCACCAUUGAUGAGCAGCUGAUGCCAUUUUGGGGCCGCUGCCCAUUUCGGCAGUCCUACACGGGCAAGCGCAAUGGAGGAGCCCCUGAGAAAAAUCAAGGCAGGAGAAUGGUCCUCGAUAUGGUUCAGGGACUUUCUGGACACAACAUCAUGUGCAACAAUUUUUUCACAUUGAACGAGCUGGGACAGGAGCUGCUAAAGCGGAAGCUGACUAUGGUGGGAACAGACGCAAAAACAGGUCUGAGCUCCCUCCCCAGCUGCUGUAAACAGAGCACAGACCUGUCCAGUCAUCAAAGUUUGACACGACUGACAUGA